AUGAUUGCCGACGAUGGUUCUCCUACCAAACCGAGUGGUUUGAGAACAGGUAAAGCACGUAAUAGGCAUCCAAGAAAAGCGUCUUCGAAAGCGAUGGUUAGGUACAUGAAGAACAGAAGUACUAUCGCGAGAUGGCAGGUGCUUACCAUCUGGCAUAAGCAGCUCUUUAGUCAAGACGCCAAUAAUUUCUCCGAGCCCUAUAAGCUACAAAACCUUCCCAGAAUUAGGGUUUUUGACUCUGAAAUAGUGAAUCCAUUUGCUGAUAGCCAUGCAGUUACUGAAUUAUCGGAAGAAUCUGGCACUAAAUCUUACCCAUGCUCUGUUUCAGAGCAAAGAAGAUCAAACCUUCGCUUUUUCUCAGCCGGCCAGUCAAACAAGGGUGUAUACUGGCAGCAUUGGAAGUGGGUCUCCGUGGCUAUACAUGGUCGCAGGUAUAGAGAAGAUGUGGAGGAGGAACUAAGAUUAUUUCACGAGAGAGUUAGAUCUGAGAAGCCUCGAUUCUGGGAUUUUAUCCAGAAAAUUUUCACUCGGGAUGCAAAAGCUGAAUCCCAAGACAUAGAGAUGACGGAAAAGGGCGAGCCAAAUUCGGAAGUGCAGCCUGGCACCCCUCCUGUGCCGCAGGAAGUCUGGGUCCUUACUUAUGAAGAAUUAAUGGAGGAGGAGUACCAGUAUUUCCGUACAACAUCUGAGGGAAUAAAAUAUGUAAUGGGAGAGGAUGAGUCGGUCAUUGGUUUACGAGAAUCAGACACAGCAGAUGCUUUCAGAGCUGGAUGGACGCUUUACGACUGCGAAUGGUCCUCUCUCUCCGGUUCUGGAAAACUGGAACGGGUUGAGUCCCUGCGAUCUGAACUUGCUUCAGCCCUUGCAGACAUUACUGCCGCCGAGGAUAGACUGGCGAAGAAAGUGGGCAAACUCGUAUGCGCUGAGAAGUGUUUGUCUAUGCAGGAAGCUUCGGACGUGCAGAAGGCGAAGAUCAAGUUUGACAAGGUCUUAGAGAUGUACAAUGAGUGGGAUAGGCUCUCGUGA